UUUUGUUGUAGAUUAUUGUAAAUAAUAAAUUUUUUAAUACAGGUUAAUUCUUACAUACAUCAGACUGCAGUACAAACUGAACGAGAAAAAGAUUUGAUGUUGGAUCUUAUUUCAGAAAACAAAUUAUCUGUUGAUUCAUUUGCUUCUUCGGAUAUACAAGCUAAUGCAUGGAAUACCAUUUCUGAAGCGUAUAACCAACUGCAAACCAGUGGGAUAAAAACUAUAGAUGAAUUAAAAACGAUGAAUCAACUUUUAUACAAAUCGGCCAAAUCUGAUUUAAAUAAUGAAAAAAGAGACAUUUACAAAACUGGAGGAGGACAAUCUCAAAUUCAUUCUUCUACUAUAAGCAACAAAAUAAUUGGAAUGAUGGGUAACCGAUUUGAAUCAGUAGAAUCACCUUAUGAUUGUGAUGGCGAUUUUCCUAGUACAUCUGCAGUUAUAAAUAAAAGUUAUACUCCAGUUUAUACUGACGAUCAAUAUGUUGAAAUUUUUGAUGAAUGUAGUCCAGUAGAAUAUUCUUAUUUGGGCCCUAAUGAUAUGGAAGUAAAUGCUUUAGAACCGAUAUCUCUUAAAUUUGAUGAUGUGGUAGAUGAUCAACACGCAGCAUAUGAAAACAUAACUAGUCACAAGCAGUCAACACAAAAAGCAAUCGAAACUUCAACGCCACGAGAAAAAUUUCCCAAGAGUUCAACAACGCGUGUACCUCCCAAGAAGAUAUAUGAAAAUUUAAAUGAACUUACUAACAAGCAAUUAAGUUCAUAUAAUUUAAAGGAAUCAUUUAUAAAUGACAACAACAAUCUUAAAAGAAAACAGUCUGAUAAAAAGCUAGAAAUUUUAGAAAUUGAAAAAAUUGUGGCAAUUGAAAAACUGAAGGGAGAAAGAGACAAUUAUAUUUCCCAAGCCAAGCAAAACAAGCUAAAAGAAGAGAUUUUAGAAUACGAAUUGAAAAAAAAAUUAAAAGAAUUAUAAGA